GCCUAUCAUCUACCCACCCACCAACCCUAACAGUGGAAUAUAAAUCGCUAAAUAACGCAAAAUGAGCCCAUUCCCAUACUUAAUCCUACUCUAAACCACCGCUAAAUGCAGCAUUAAGCAACCAAUUUAAGUCUACCCCAGUCCCUAGGUGAGGGCCACCAUCUCAAGUUCCCAACUUUACCUUCUGCACUCCCAUGAGCCACAACUCCAAAAAGAAGAGAGAGAGAGAGAGAAGAAACGAGGCCUCUGGAGAGAGAAAAAGCUGUUAUCUCAGCUUUAGAGAGAGAGAGAAGAGCUGUUAUCUCAGCUUUUGUUUUGCUCAGGUAGACGGAGAUUUCAGAGUGUCGACUCGGCUUCCCUAAGCUGCAAUGGCGAGAAAGGGAGAACAUAUUUCAGCUGAGAGAGAGAGAAAAACAAGCCACCAUUUCAACUUCUAGAGAGAGGGAGGCCACUGUUUCACCUGCUUAGCUUUCCCCUCAAGCCACACACCAGAAAGAGAACCACAAUUACAGGGUCCUUUUUUCAUCAGAGAUCCAGCUCAAAAAAGAAGAGAGAGAGAGAUAGGCAUCAUGAACUCAUGGAAAUGGCACCUCCUCAUCCCACUCCUGUGUAUCCUGCCCCAAAUUUCAGUAACCCAACAACCCCAAAUUUCAACCACCCAACCCUUCAACCCAACAACAACACCAACAACAGAUGCCUCUGCAAUCCCGGCAUUCCCUGAACAAUCCCAAAUCUCCUCGUGCCCUCUUGACCUCCCCGAUGACAUCUCUGCCAUCAUCGCCACCGCCUGCGGCAGCAUAACUGCGCAGGAAGACCGCCACCACCGGAACAGGUGCUGCCCUGUGCUUGCGGCCUCGCUGUAUGCCGCACAUGCAAGGACCGUCCUCCUGGGGGCGGAGCAGGCUCCGCCCAAUGAGGGGAACAUGCCCGUGCUGCCCGACGACUCGCGCACCUGCGUCGACGAGUUCGAGGGGCUGCUGAGGGCUAAGGGUGUAGAGGUAAAGGGACCAGACGAGAGCUGCGAUGCAGUAAUUUGUUACUGCGGGAUAAGGCUUCACAAUGGGCCGGGCAGCUGCCCCGAGUUGUUUCAGGAAGGUGGGCAGCUGACCGGACUGCCCGUGCUUGGGGAGAUGGAGGAAGAGUGCAGGAGGCCCGGUGUCUCUGGUUGCAGUAGCUGCUUGAGGAGCUUGUAUCAAUUGAAAGGGAGUGAAGAGAGAGAAAGUGAAUCAGAAGCAUCAUCAGAUGAGAGAAAGAGAAGGAUGAAGAGUAGAGACUGUGAAUUGAUGGGUCUCACAUGGCUCCUUGCAAAGAAUAAGACUGCUUAUUUCCCCACUGUCACUGCUGUUUUCAGGGCUUUCAUGGCCUCAUCCGACGGCCAGGAACCUCUGUCUUGCAGGGAGGAGCAGCCCCUGGCCGUUGAUUCUGUCCAGCUGGACCAGGCUUCCUCAUCUCCUUCUUCCCAUCAAUAUACCCUUUUCUCACUCUCUCUAAAACCAAUUUCAUAUUGGGCUUUUGUCCUCUUGUUAUGGAACUCAUUUCAUUGAAUGCCACCCCCCCCAACUUUUGUAACUUUACAAUCAUAAUUUCUGAAUUUUCUCUCUCUCUAAUGAA